GAGAGAGAGAGAGAGAGAGAGAGGAGAGCACAUCAGCACACGAACAAACCUCAUUAGUCUCUAUCUUCAAUUUCGUGUACACGCUACCAUACAACCCAAAAACUUCUCUGUCAUCAUUUUCUUGUCCUCUUUUCGUCUUCCUGCCUAAAAUCAUUAUCGUUAAUUUCUUAGAAAAAAUAAAUAAAAUUUAAGUUUAGUGCUGUAGAAUCCCAAUCUCUUAUACUCAAACCAUUGUUUAAUGGGUUUUCAAUUACCUGCAUAUAAAUCCUGUUACGAGCAAGUUCAAAUUAUGUGAUUCGUGAAGAAUUUUCCUUCUCGAUUUUACUUGUUCACAUGCAAAUUAUUUAGUUGAUUUGCAAUAUUUUGACUUAAAAUAUGAAUCUUGGAGUAACGCCCAUGUCUUUCGCGAGUGUGAAUGCUUUAUGGAAGUCCGGCAACGGACUUUCCGAUCAAUUUCCGGCGGGUCUGAGAGUUCUUGUUGUGGAUGACGACCCCACAUGCUUAAGGAUCUUGGAGAAGAUGCUGAAAAAUUGCUUGUAUGAAGUUACAACGUGCAACCGUGCAGAGAUUGCAUUGAAAUUUCUAAGGGACAAACGAAACGUAUACGACAUUGUUAUAAGCGAUGUACACAUGCCUGACAUGGAUGGCUUUAAACUUCUGGAGCAUGUUGGCCUUGAAAUGGAUCUGCCAGUUAUCAUGAUGUCAGCCGAUGACAGCAAAAAUGUGGUUAUGAAGGGAGUGACACAUGGUGCUUGUGACUAUCUUAUAAAGCCGAUCCGUAUGGAGGCUUUAAAGAACAUAUGGCAGCACUUGGUGCGAAAGAGGCAGCAUGAGUGGAAAGAAAAGGAUCUCGACCAACAUUUGGGAAGCGUGGACGAGCAAAAGCUGCCUGAGGAUUUGGAUUAUUCCUUGUCAGUCAGUGAAGAAAAUUGGAAUACUUCCAAGAAAAGAAAAGACGAGGAAGAUGAGGCGGUAGACAAGGACGACACAUCGUCUUUGAAAAAACCAAGGGUCGUUUGGUCAGUCGAGCUGCAUCAGCAAUUUGUAGCUGCAGUUAAUCAACUCGGAAUAGACAAGGCUGUUCCUAAGAAGAUUCUCGAGUUAAUGAAUGUUCCUGGCCUCAGUAGAGAGAACUCUAACUAUAAGCUAUUCCAGAAGUACCGACUAUAUCUGAGAAGGUUAAGUUCCCAGCACCAUAAUGGGCUCCCGAACCCAUUCAUGGGCCUGCCCGAUUCUCCUUUCGGCCCAAUGACUCAACUGAGUGCUGUUGACCUCCAAGCCCUUGCUGCCUCUGGCCAACUUCCUCCGGCCCACAGCCUCGCCACAAUCCAACAAGCAGCUGCCCUUGGCCAGGCCCAGCCCACCACCAACAACACAAUAACCUCACCUCUUGUCGACCAAAGAAAUAAUAUUUUCAGCUUCGAUAGCCCAAAAUCAAGAUUUGCCAAUGGUCAACCUCAACAAAACAGUAAUGUCAAUCAAGUCAACUUACUGCAUGGCAUCCCAACUACCACGAACCGCUCUUUGUCGAUUCCAAUGGUUCAAACGCAGCCGAGGGCCCAAAAUUUUAAUGAGGUCAACUCUCGCGUAAGUCAACCCUGUUUGCCAAUAGGGAUUUCUGGUCAACCAUCUCAGGCCAUAAAUGCGAGAACAAUGGGCCCUGUUAUAAAGUCACGAGAUGAUGUCAACUCGCAAGUCAAAGGAUCGAGGGGCUUUUUCGCUAACUACAGUGCUUUUGGGGGUUUAAAUCAGAACAGAGCUCGGGAUUUGUUUUUGCAAAAUGUCGGGCCAAAUGUGCAGCAAAUCGGGAGUGGGCCUGUUAAUGGGGUGGGCUUUUCUGUGGCAGGUGGACUUGGGAAUGUUGCAAACACUAGUCAGCUGGUUAGCUCGUUCGGUGAGAAUACAUUUAAGAUUAAGGCUCAACGGAUGCCAAAUAUGGGCUCGAGCUUCGAGAACGGCUUUUCACAUGAGCUCUCUGGCCAGGAAGACCUCAUGAGCAUGCUUCUAAAAGAGGAGCAAGAAGGCGUGGGAGCCAUCGAUAAUGAGUUCGACUUCAAUAUUUAUAAUUUGGAUAAUCUUCCCGUGUAAACAUGCCACCGUUUUAGGCCGUAUCUACCUCAGUAAGUAAUUUGUACAUAGACUAUAGUUUAUGUAGCUGGAGUUAUCAGUCCUAUGAAUGAGUGGGUGAACCUUUUAAUAGUUAGAGAUGGAGGAAUAUGUGUGUCGCUUAUUAGCGUACCAUGUGCGAUUUUGGUUAUUUUUUCUCGCUCUUUUAGGGAGUUGGCGAAUGAUUUCCUUAUAGAGUGGUGCUGUUUAAUUUAGCCUUUUCGAUGAUGUUAUUAUGAGAACUUUUCAAAGUCUCUAAUUUAAAUAAGUAGAAUAUUUUCUGAGCAUUGAAUUAAUGUUUUUAAUCUGGCUAUUAUUGAUCAUGCUUUG